AUGGAGAAUUACAUCACAAACUCAUGAAUACAUGCUUCUACAUGUGCCAGGCUGCCUUGAAGGUCUUGUCCUAAUUUAAGUUUUUGCUUGUAGCAUUUUAACACCUCCUCAGUUAGCAUCUCUCUCUCUUUCUCUUUCCAUCCGCUGCACCGUAGAUGUGCCUCACUGCAUGGAAACUUUCACCCCCCCAUCCUGACACUAACACACCCACACGCGCACAAACACACACACCACGACUGAGAGCGGUGGGUGGAAGGGGAGGAGACUCUGUCUGGUAAGGUUGAGCUGUUUACAGUGUGGGUUUAUAAAACAGCAGACGAGGGGGGGCGUCCCUACAAAGAGGGAGCAGGGAGGAGAAACGCCAGACGAGGAUAGAGAGAGUGACUGAGAGGAUAGAGAGCAUCUGAGAGAGAGGGUUCGCACGCAGGACAGAGUGAUUAAACAGCAGGCAGACGUUGGACAGCUUUUUGUGACUUCCACCACAACUGCUGCAGCCGGAGAGAUGCUUAUGUGAGGAAAGCAAGUGAUUGUGCAUAGUAAGCAAGAAGCUCUCUUCAUUGCUAUUGAUAAAAGCAGGAAUUGAUGAGUUGCUGCAUCUUAGAGUGUCUCGUCAUGGAUGACUCUAGGGAACCUACUGAAUAGAUCUCAGAGUUGCAUCAUGGUUCAGCAAAGGACCCACAAAUACUCGUCAGUCAUGGAUGGCAAUUCUACCAGAGAGGUCUUCGUGGGACUGGCGGCAGAGGACGACGCUGAGGUGUUUGGACAUGUACCUUCUAACAAAGACCCCAACUGGUGCAAAACUCCAACGGGGCACAUCAAGAGACCAAUGAACGCUUUCAUGGUCUGGUCCCAGAUUGAGAGACGGAAGAUCAUGGAGCAGUGGCCUGACAUGCACAACGCUGAGAUUUCAAAGCGCCUUGGAAAGCGCUGGAAACUACUGCCCGAUUACGAGAAGAUACCCUUCAUCAAAGAGGCUGAAAGGCUGCGUCUAAAGCACAUGGCUGACUAUCCUGACUACAAGUACCGACCCAGGAAGAAGAGCAAGUGCUCCACCCCUGUGAAACUUGGAGAGAAGUUGCCUAUGAAAUCCAGCAAGCCCCAUUCAGGAAGAUCAGCCGGGCUGUCCUGCAAAGGGCUAAAGAUCAAACCCGCUUCCAACAAGCCCAAAAUGAACUUUAACGGCAAUAAAUACAAGAGCUACAGCGAGAGCGUGAGCGAUGAUGACACAAUGGAUGUAAACAUAGAAAGUCCAGUGGCUCUGCGAGACGAUCGCAACCCGUCAAGUCACUUUGUCCUUCACCAGCAGGCCACUGUUCCCUCUGAGGACCAGCAACCAGUUCCUGAGCUCAGAGUGAAAGUGCCCAUCUCUCAAACCAGCAGUCUCUCCUCGGACAACGAGUGCCAGGCUCUCCCGGAGUCCACGGCGAGCGAGCCACGAGGGUCGACGUCUGGAAGAUCCUCCACGCCGACCUCGACCAGCUCCUCCUCUUUGGUGUCGUCAGCGUGUUCGGAUGAGGAACUGGACGAGGAACUCUUGCAUAUCAUUUCCAACAGUAUGCCUAUGGACUGCUCCGCUCUGGACAAGGACUUCGAAGCAUUUCAUGCUAACUCAGGAUCCCAUUUUGACUUUCCAGAUUACUGCACUCCAGAGGUGAACGAAAUGAUUUCUGGGGACUUGCUCGUGCCCAGCAUUUCAGACCUAGUGUUCACCUACUAAAGUCGAGUCCUCUGUAAUGUGGUCAGGCCUGCAUAGCUGCCAAUUUGAAAAUAUUUUGUCCAUGUUGUACUUGGACAAUUCCUUUUUCCAUGUGUUUAUUUUUCUCAAUGAAUUCCGUAAGUGCUAUUGCUUUCCUUUCCAAGCAUGUCACAUCUUGUUGGUUUAGCUAACAGACACACAGGGCUUUGCAGAGCUGUUCGGGACAGUAAGACAUUCAGAUUUUGUUUGACUCUUCAGAGGCAGCUGGGUGUAAUUUUCGGACACAAAAACAAUUUUUCCCAGUGGCUCGAUAAACUAAUUGCUUGUCCUUUCAAAGACAAUUUAAAGAGACAAUUCACCCAAAAAAGAAAAUCCUGUCAUCACUUCCUCAGCUACAUGAAUUUAUUUCUUCACAAAACACAAAAGAAGAUACUUUGAAGAAUGUGUCAGCUGUCCAUAUGUCAACCACUGAAUUCAUUCUUCAAAAUAUCACCUUUUGUGCUCCACAGAAGCCAUGAAGGCAAGGACAUUUUUGGGUGAACAAGUCCUCUAUUAUACAGCACUAUAAUUUUCAUGAUGUAAACUCCUAAUCAGAAGUUUCAAUGUGCAUAAAUAUAGAGGUCUGCUGACAGCAUUGGUGCAUUAAUAUUCUGAAACCCUGAAGUAAAAAUGAUGAAAAGGAAAAGAUGAGAGACAUCAUUUAUUAAAACCUCCAGCACUUACAGUAAAGCAUGCAUUGGAAAUCACUGCAGACGCAUAAUUCAUAUCAUAUUCUUUAAUUAGGUAAUAGCACUUUCAUCACCUUGCCAUUGCUGCAGACGUUAAGACUCGCAUGUGAUUUAAAGGCAGCUCUGCAUUGGCCCUGCGUGCAGGUGUGUGUGUGUGUGCGUAAGUGUGUGCCUGAACUGUUUGGACUGUGGACAAAAGGGGGUUAAGGUUAGGGUUUGGGGGGUUGGGAUUGGUUCUUUCAGGGAACUGUGCAUCUGUCCAUGCAGGCAGCAGCUUUUAUGCAGGGGUCGGGCUCUGCGCUUACCGAGCGUCUGCCGGGGCGGGGAGGCGUGCGA